AUGAGCACACUGGCGCCACGAGCGGUGCGAGCCGCCCUCACGCCUGCCUCGCUGCGGAAGGCCGGACCUUCCGUACUCCCAGCUGCCCUGACCCGCGCCUCGAUCGCACCGUUGGCGACUCGCCACCUCUCCUUUACACCGCACCGUUGCGCUGCACCGGUCAAGCCGUCCAAGCCGGAGCCUUCUGCCCCCGAAGGCCCCUUGCGGGACGAACAGAUCUCGGACGCUUCUGACUACGUACGCCUCGUCGACCCCAAGAGCGGCUCGCUCGCUGGGCCCUUCCACACCCGUACGAUCCUGGCAAAGCUCGACCGCACCAAGUUCUUCCUCCAACAAGUGGCGCCGCCACAGCCACACCGUGCAACCAUCGAGUACAGCCCGCAAGAUGCAGACAAGGUGGAUGUGUCGGCGCUGGUGCAGUUUCCCAUCUGCAAGCUCAUCGACAAGAAGGACGAGUUCGACAAGCAGCGUGCCAUCAAGCGACGCACCUCCUCGUCACCCGCAGCGGGGAGUGUAUCCAAAGAGGUCCAGCUCACGUGGUCAGUGACACCCAACGACCUUACGCACAAACUCAGCAAGGCACGCAAGGAAAUGCUGCGCGGCGCACGCAUCAACGUCGUCGUCACAACCAAAGCAGGCGGAAGAAAGUACAUCAAGGGUCUCGAUCCCAAGCUCGACGCACAGCGACAAGAGUUGCUGCAGAGUAUUGAAACUUUCCUCUGCACGAGCGAGGACGAUCCCCAAGCCGCACCAAUAGCCCGUCGUCUCCAGGACGUAGACUGGCAACGUGGCGGAUCGGCCGCAGUCAUGUCGUUUGAGUGUUUCCGAAAGUAA